AUGGUAGCAAAUAACGUCAAUUCCAACGGUAAAGUCGAGGAUUUACUGGAUGCUGUCAGACAGGAAUUCAUGCAAUUAUCCCAAGAAGCUAACUCGUAUCGUCUGCAGAAUCAAAAGACGUACGAUCUGAAAUUGAAUCAGCAUUUGGCCGAGAUGCAACAGAUUAGAAAUACCGUCUAUGAACUAGAAUUGGCUCAUAGAAAGAUUAAAGAAGGAUAUGAAGACGAAAUUAACCGUUUGAAAGUUGAAUUGGAACAGAAAAAUCAACAAUUAGCUAAUUUUAACAUUCAAGGACAAUUACUCCCAGUAAAUACCGCAAAUACUUCUGCUUUCUCGAACCCAAAGGUUUUGCAUCCGAAUCCUCCCGCCCCUAUCGUGUCCAGUAUUCAACAACCAACUACUGUCUUGCCAGUGUUGAAUACUACUACUCAAGUACAACCACAGGGUCUGCAGGGCAAUGGCGAGCCCUUACAAGCCCCUCAAUCUAGCCUGCAAUCUCCAAAUGGCCAACAAUUAGCUCCUUUAUCUUCCAAUCCUCCAAGUGAAACUUCUAACUCCGUAAAUAACAUAGCCAAUGCCGCAGAAACUUUACCUUCUAUUAAGACAUCAGAUGGUAAUGGCUUGCCAACGGCUGCAAUGCCAGCUUCUACGGAUUUGGUGAAAUCAGAUGAACUAUCGAAACACGUCAAACCAAUUCCACCAUUUCUUUUGAAUACCACCACUAUGAAUGUACCUUCAGAAUUUAAAAAGGAAAGAGAUGAAUACUCGUUGUUCUUCAAUCCAAACUUGACGCCUACUGAAUUGGACGUAGAUUUAUUACACUCCUUACCUCAUGAUUCUGUCGUUUGCUGUGUGAAAUUCAGUCAAGACGGGAAGUAUUUGGCUACAGGCUGUAAUAGAACCACUCAAAUAUUCGACGUUGCCACUGGUGAACUAUAUGUCAAAUUGUUAGAUGAUACAGUAAAUACAGCAAUUGUAACAACCACCACGGAAAAUAAUGAAACGGUCACAACAACGGCAGAUUUAUACAUUCGUUCCAUUUGUUUCUCACCUGAUGGUGAAUUUUUAGCCACAGGUGCCGAAGAUAAAUUAAUUAGAAUUUGGAACAUUAAGGAAAGGAAAAUAGUCAUGGUAUUAAAGGGUCACGAGCAAGAUAUUUAUUCGCUGGAUUAUUUCCCAGAUGGUCAAAAAUUGGUCUCAGGUUCAGGCGACAGAUCAAUUAGAAUAUGGGAUUUGAAAACCGGUCAAUGUUCUCUAACUCUAUCCAUUGAAGAUGGUGUGACUACUGUAGCUGUAUCGCCAAAUGAGGGGAAAUUAAUUGCUGCUGGUUCUUUGGACCGUUCCGUGAGGAUAUGGGAUUCCUCUACAGGAUUCUUAGUGGAAAGACUGGAUUCAGAUAAUGAAUCAGGUAAUGGACAUCAGGAUUCUGUAUAUAGUGUGGCGUUCACCAAGGAUGGACAACAUGUCGUAUCAGGGUCAUUGGAUAGAACUGUUAAAUUAUGGAAUUUGGGAGACACUCAAUCUGGGACUGGGAAAUGUGAAGUUACAUACAUUGGUCAUAAAGAUUUUGUCUUGUCGGUUGCCACAAGUAAUGAUGAUAAAUAUAUAUUUUCAGGUUCCAAAGAUCGUGGUGUUAUCAUUUGGGAUAAAGAUUCUGGGAAUCCAAUCUUAAUGUUACAAGGUCAUAGAAAUUCAGUCAUUUCCGUCGCUACAGUAAAUAGUAAUGUUGAUGAUGGUAAAAAUUACAAAUUGUUCGCUACAGGUAGUGGAGAUUGUAAGGCAAGAAUUUGGAAAUAUUUUAAAAUGGGUGAAGUAACUGCCAAGAUUGAAGAUACUGAGACGAAAACUGUCACCACUGAACAAUAG